GAAGAAAAAAUCGAACAUUUACUGCGUGCGUACGAAGCGCGUCUCCGUGUAGAAGUGUGUGGCCUUUUUGCAAACCUGGUUCAAAUAUGGCGAAGCCUGCCCAGUUAUUAAACAUUGAACCGGCGAACGAGCUCAAAUUUCUGGGCCCGUUCCGGACUGCCGUUGCGUCGUACAUGCGGCUCACCAACCCGACCGACCAUGAUAUAUUCUUCAAAAUCAAAACAACCGCGCCGAAGAAGUACUGCGUGCGACCGAACUGUGGCUUACUGGAACCCCGCGAAUCACAGGAGAUAGCCAUUGUCCUACAACCAUUCAUAUUUGAUUCGAACGAGAAGAACAAGCACAAGUUCAUGGUGCAAUCGAUGGUAAAGCCGGACGAUGAGGAGAUCAACCUGGAGGAUCUCUGGAAGAAGUAUCCGGAGAAGCUGAUGGACUCGAAGCUAAGGUGCGUGUUCGAGUGCCCGCUGGACAGCAACCAGCCGGCCCCGGCCGGCGAAUCGUCCACGGGCGCAGCAGCAGCAGCAGGAUCAACAGCCGCAGCACCAGCAACAACCAGCAGUAAACAAUCGUCCUCUGCGAUAAGCAGCGACAGUGGCGCACAGUUCUCAAACACACAAUUUAGCGCGAUGAGCAACGAGGAUGAGCAGAAGUCCGAGGCGGCACUGCUGAAGGAGAUGAAAAAACUGCGGGACAACGAAACCGUGCUGAGGCAGGAAAAUUUGCAACUACGGGAAAAAAUAUUACAACUACACAUGCAGGUGGACGGACGGGCUAAGGAGGAAUCGUCGGUGGCUGCUGCCACCAAAUCGCCCCCGAUCCAGUCGGUGCCACCCAACUAUCAAAAUCCGUACUCGCCACCGGCCCAGCAGGCCCGCAAUCAAUCUUCGACGGAGCUCAUCUACAGCGUUAUUGCUGCGAUCGUUACCGGCCUGAUCGGCUUACUGCUCGGAAAAAUUUUCUAUUCCGACAGCAACAAAUAAAGUUUAAUU